AUGCUUUUAAUACCUCAACGACACUUAUCCGAGCUGAUGCUUUGGCGCUGUGACCCUCCCGCUAGGUUUCUUUGCUUUCUCGGUCGCCGCCUUUCUGUUAACUCCCGUCUCGGUAUCUUCAGAGAAUCGCGCGCUCUUCUUAAGAAUAGCGUCCUUAGCGGUUCAUUUUACCCCUCCCCAAACCACGCUCCCGCCCCUUUCCCGCGCGUGCAUCCCACAAAUGAAGCGAAGGGAGGGAUAAUUCUGCCCACUCGGCGUGGAAAUACCGCCGCCUUCGCCGUCUCAGACGCCUCACAGACGUUCUGGACGAUGCCGGUGAAGCAGACCCCAGUGGAGGAGCUCAGCCGAUCUCAUUUACGCGAUCGCAUGGUGGAUAAACGCUCGCGAUUUGCGGUGCGCAGACGCCUGCGAGAGGAUGGGGUGGUUUCGAACCUAUUUCCGCUGUUUUUCUCCAGCGCCAGCGAUGCCAACGCCAGGGACACACACGGUGCAUUUUUGUACGUCUACGACAUUUGCGCCACACGACGCCCCUACCAGAACUUUGAUAGGAGUAGUGCACUAGCGCUACCCUCACAUGUAAUUGCACGAAGGCGAGUAAAAGCUAAGCAAUCUCUCACGUCACCACCGCUUGGAAGCGAUGAUGGGGUAGAAAUCCGGCGUGUGCCUCCCAUGAAUGCAUGGAAUGUUAUUCGCCGUUUUUUCAAUCAUUUUUUUUCAAAAUCUCCUCCCCCGAUGAUUCAGCACGUUUACAAGCUCUAUACGAUCGCGCCGUUACCAGCGAAAGCGCUGAAGGUGCCGCCAGAAUUUUACGAUCUCGGCUGGAAGAACUGCGAGUUGCGGUUUAUCGCCAAGCUUCGCUACGAGGAUCUCAAUCCACACUGCCUGCAGCAGGUGAUCAAUAAGAUCGUCUUUUGGACGAUCUGCAACACCCCCGCACUGCAGGAGGGUGAAGAAAAUGAGAAUGAUCCUAAUAACAACAGCAGUGGCAGCGGCUACCGCGUUGUGCGAGAACGAGGAGGGAAGUUGGUGAAUUUGGCGGGUGGUAUUUCUUCCUGCGGUGCCCGCCUCUUUAGCGGGGUGACCGCGCAGGCGAUCUUUGUGGACGCGAGCGACUCCGAGCCGUCCUUGACAGACCCGCAAACGACCACAGGCGAGGUGGAAGUCGUCAUAGCGGCGCCGAACUCCACUGAUCUCGCCACCCUUCCCGAGGGCACCACACCGACGGGUCGGCCGAUUCGCUUUCUGGCCAAAUCCUUCCUCCGCGCGUUCACCUACAAGGGACGGGAGGUCGAGAGCUACACCAUCGAGGACGCCUCGGGUGCGUACCUCGCGUCCUUCUGGGAGCCCCCGUCGCCGCGGCCGCUGCAGCCGGGCCGCGUCUACACCGCGACAGCCCUCCACGUCCGCAUCUUCCCCAGCCGCGACCACCUCCGCCUCUUUGAGUUCCUCCCAGGCCGGACGACCGUCACGGCAGAGGCUGGGGAGGGGGGGGGGAGGGCCGCAACUCGCCACGGCGGCGGCAGCUUCCCCUUCUGGGACAUCCCCUGA